GCACAAUUAAUUCAAAUUAAAGUUAUAUAACCGGACACAUUUUCGCUGCAUAUAAAUUUGUUCGAGUCCUCAAAGGACUAACAAUGGAUUCGGAUAAAGUUGUGCGCGCCAUGGCGCGUUGGUGGCAGACUGUCAGUCAAGAAGACAAUGACCCCAGCUCACGGAAUCCCAUGCUAUAUGACCCCCUGCAAGAUGGGGUCGUUAAGACAUCAAAGAAAAUGCAAUAUUUUGCAGCCAUGGUUGUUUGUUUGGGUGCCGUAUCUGCUGGUACUGCAUUAGCUUGGACAUCCCCAGUACUGCCACAGAUUAGUGAGGAUCCAAAUGCUAAUACCACUGCAAAUAAUUCUACCGAUGGUUCUUCAUCGCAACUGCAAUUGACGUUAAGUCAGCAAACCUGGGUUAGUUCCUUAUUAGCUAUUGGCGCCUUUUUGGGAGCUUUACCUACAGGUUACAUUGCUGACUACAUUGGACGUCGUUACACCGCUCUGGUUAUGGAUAUACCCUUUAUUGUGGCAUGGACAGCAACUAUUUUUGCUAACUCGGCUACGGUUCUCUACUUUGCUCGUUUUACAAUUGGUUUGGCUACUGGUAGUUUCUGUGUUGUUGCUCCCAUGUAUAUUUCGGAAAUUGCUGAAAGUAGUAUAAGAGGCACACUGGGCACACUCUUCCAGCUGACAUUGUCCAUUGGUAUUCUGCUCGUGUAUAUUAUUGGUGCAAUGGUCACAUGGACAACGUUGAGUGUCCUUUGUUUGCUGGUCCCGGUCGCCUUGUUUAUUGGAAUGUUGUUUUUGCCUGAAACACCAACUUAUUUAUUGAAGAAGGGUCGUCGUGGUGAUGCUGCACUCUCCCUCAAAUGGCUUUGGGGUCGUUAUUGUGAUUCUCGCACUGCGAUUCAACAAAUCCAAAGCGAAUUGGAUCAGGCCGGUGGUAAUGCUUCGUUCUCCGAUGUUUUCCGUAUAAGAGCUGCUCGCAAUGGCCUCAUCAUAUCCAUGCUUCUGAUGUUCUUCCAACAAUUCUCUGGUGUGAAUGCUGUGAUUUUCUACACCGUACCAAUUUUCAAGUCAGCCGGCAGUACAUUGGACCCAUCAAUCUGUUCCAUUAUUGUUGGUUUUGUACAGGUCGUAAUGACAUUUACUUCGUCGCUGAUGAUUGAGAAGGCCGGUCGCAAGUCGCUGCUGAUAUUUAGUAGUACCAUUAUGACAAUUUGCUUGGCCAUUUUGGGUGCCUAUUUCGAUAUGAAAGAUGAUGGAAAGGAUGUGUCGUCAAUUGGUUGGCUACCCCUGCUGUGUGUGGUCUUGUAUAUGAUUACAUUCUCGGUGGGUUAUGGUCCCAUUCCCUGGCUUAUGAUGGGUGAACUGUUCUUGCCUGAUGUUAAGGCUACAGCUGUGGCAUUGACUGUCAUGUCCAAUUGGUUUUCGGUAUUUUUGGUCACAAAAACAUUCGGUUCCAUGAUCACGGCUUGGGGUUCCGAUAUGACAUUUUGGUUUUUCGCAUUCUGUAUGUUUGUCGCCACAAUGUAUGUGGCCUUUAUGGUCCUGGAGACAAAGGGCAAGAGUUCGUCACAAAUUCAAUCCUGGUUGGAUAAUAAAUAA